GCCGCCUUGCUGUGGUCUCGUGCCCAGCAUCGUCUCCCCUUCCCAGCGGAGCCAACGCAGCAGGCCGCUGGGGGGGGGUGGGGGCGGGGGAUGCCGGGCUGCCGCAUCAGCGCCUGCGGCCCCGGGGCCCAAGAAGGAACGGCAGAACCGGGGUCCCCGCCGCCGCCGUUGCCCCGGGAGCCCCUGCCGUCCCCUCAUCCCUCGCCCCCAACUCCGACCUUGACCCCGACCCCCGUGCCGUCGCCUCAGCUGCCGGAGGCGGCCGGCGGGGCCGAGAGUCAGGAGCUGCAGCGUUGGCGCCAGGGCCCCGGCGGCGGUGUCGGCGUGGGUGCGGGGGUCACGGGUCCGGCCGGGGGCGCGGGCGGGGGCUCGGGCACGGCGUCCGGGGCGGGGGGCCGUGCGCUGGAGCUGGCUGAAGCGCGGCGGCGACUGCUGGAGGUGGAGGGCCGCCGGCGUCUGGUGUCGGAGCUGGAGAGCCGCGUCCUGCAGCUGCACCGGGUGUUCCUGGCGGCCGAGCUGCGCCUGGCGCACCGCGCCGAGAGCCUGAGCCGCCUGAGCGGCGGCGUGGCCCAGGCCGAGCUCUACGGUUCGCGUCUCAAGAAGGGGCCGCGCCGGGGUCGCCGAGGCCGCCCACCCGCGCUGCUCGCCUCGGCGCUGGGCCUGGGGAGCUGCGUGCCGUGGGGCGCCGGGCGAUUGCGGCGCGGUCACGGCCACGGCCCUGAGCCCGACUCGCCCUUCCGCCGCAGCCCGCCACGAGGCCCUGCCUCCCCGCAGCGCUGACCUCAACUCCCCGGGCCCCUUUGGCCAUCCCGGGACGGGGCCAACAUCUCCGAGGUGUCCCACCAACAGAUUGCAGGUGCUGGCUGCAUGGAUGACGUCACCUACGCGGACCUCGGGAGGAAACAGUCCGGGGACCAGGGGACCUGUAGAGGAGACCGAGCUCCUCCAAGCUCCCGGGAGCCUCUACUGUAUGAAUUUGGACUCCUGCAUUCUCCUUCCCUGACAUCCGCCUUCAGGAAGAUUUCCGGAACUGGCUCUGUCCAGUCUCAGCGCCAUCCUCUCAGGAGCCCUUACAAGGGCAAGGGUCUGGGUUCUGGGACUUUGCCAUCUUAGGAAUUUCUUCACAUACGCUGCAUUUGCCUUUGCUUAAACCAUGUAAUUAGUGAUGUUACUACGGGGCCCCAGGAUACAGUCAAAUUAGUUGAGAGUGCAAAAAAAAAAAAAAAAAUCUCCAUUACGACAAUGCAAACGAUUUCUUUUAUAGACUGAAUCUUCAUUAAGUCACAGCAUAGCUGGAGUCCCUUGCCAUCGCUUCCAUGUAUAACAGCUCAAGGAGACUGGAAGGAAAACACUGGUCUAAGACAUGUCAGUUUCCCUCACCUGCUGUCCUUGUCCUCCCCAUGUGGGGGCAUGCCCAUGGCCCCUCAUAGACAAUCAGCCGCUGCCUCCUAAGGGACACGCCUCUUUCUCAGGAAAAGGUGGUGGCAACAUAAAACCACCAAGCAAAAUUAAACGCAGAAAAGAAACAAGUUUCCUGAUAGGAAAGGGGAGCCCAUAUACUCACUCCCUCCAGAACUUGUAUAAUUCUGCAAGGUAGGUGUAGAUUGACUCAGUCCCCAGAUGUAUACAUUCAGGAAGAAUAAAUCUCAAUAACCGAG